CGCCACUCCCCUCGCUGUGAAGACACGAAAGAAAAUCAUUUCACCCGCUUCUGCGCCUUUUGGUUGUGUGUGCGCCGUGUGCACUCUGUCUUCUCCUCCUUCUGGUGUCCGUUCGUGAGUGUGUGUGAGUGGUGUGCCCCAUCUGGUAUCCUCCUCGAGUGACCACGCCAAAUGGCACGCUUCCUCGCAUUGUUGACCUUUGCGUCAACACUGCUGGUGGCCACUGGACAGCCGUCCGGCUUUCAUGGCUGGGCCAACAACUUUGGUGGCUAUCUGAGUUUCACCUGCCCUUCCAACCAGGUCCUUGACGGCUGGUAUGGCGUCUUCAGCAACAGCCGUCUCAACUCCAUCACGUACCGCAGCUUUGGUGGCUAUGAGAACAGCUACUAUGGCGGGUUCACAAAGACAUGCCCCAACGGUCAGGCCAUCUACCGCAUUCAGGCUGGCCACUCCGAUGGCUACCGCGAUCGACCACACAAACAACAACGAACAACAACGGCCCGUACCACAGCAGCUGCUCGUGGAGUGGAUGGACCAACAACUGGCCCAGCUACUACCCAUACUACUUCUACUACUACUUCUACUACUUCUACUACCCCUUCUACUACUACCACUACCAGCUUCACGGCAAACAGCAAGUAUGUGAUCCGCGGUGUGCAGUCCGACUUCAGCUACACCUUCCGUGACCGCCGCUGGCGCUUCUACCAGUGCCGCGUCUCCUGCCGCAGCGGAUGGGUCCAGUCUGGUACCGAGUGCACGUGCCCAAGUGGUUCGUACCAGAGGGGCAACGAUUGCGUCAGCAGCCGCAAGUGUGGCCGUGGCCAAUACGCCGCCUCGUCCAGCAACAACCGCUACUGCUACGACUGCCGCCCUGGCACGUUCCAGUCUGACUCGUCACAUACGGACACAACGUGCUCCUCCUGCCCCGCCGGCAAGUUCCAGGACGACUAUGGCCGUGCCGACUGCGAGACCUGCCCCAGCUCCCAGUACAACCCAUACACCGGACGCUCGUCGUGCCGUGACUGCUCCUCCGGCUACUACCGCAGCAGCCCCAGCACGCAGACGCGCUGCCAACCCGGAUACCGCUGCCCUGGCUCGUGCUCCCGCAUUGCAUGCUCCCCAGGCACAUACCAGAACAGCUACCGCCAGGUGUCGUGCAAGUCCUGCGAGGCUGGCAAGUACCAGACCGAGUCUGGCGCGUCCAGCUGCAACAACUGCGCCAACGGCUACUACACCACCUCUGCCGCGUCUGCCCCCAGGCGCUGUCAGCCCGGCUUUGCCUGCAGCUCGUGCAACCGCCGCGCGUGCAACGGCGAAUUCUACCAGAACGCGGCCGGCCAAUCCGACUGCAAGCGCGCAAGCCAGUGUGGUGCUGGCCAGUACGUGAGCCGUGGCCCGUCACAGACAACGGACCGCGUGUGCGGCUCGUGCUCUCUGGGCCGCACGUACCAGGACGCCAGCUCCCACACCUUUGGCAGCUGCAAGCCCGUGCGCAACUGCCCUGCUGGUACCUUUGUCGCCGCGGACCCCACCCUCAGCUCCGACCGCGUGUGCGGCAAGUGCCAGGAAGGCACAUACUCCUCGGGCGUCAACGCGAAGCAGUGCGAGGACAUUGGCACGUGCGAUGCUGGCGAGUACGCCUUCUUCGCCUCGUCCACCUCGGGCGUGGACUGCCGCGCCUGCGCGCUUGGCUCCACCUACCAGGAUGAGACAAACCACAACCGCCAGUCCUGCAAGACUGUGUCUCCCGAGUGCCCGGCGGGCCAGUUUCAGGCCGUUGCUCCAACCCGCUCCAACGACCGCGUCUGCAACGACUGUCACCCAGGUACCUUCUCUGAUCGCCCUGGCGGUGACGAGUGCGACCCUCACACGCAGUGCGGUGCCGGUUUCAUCGAGACCAGCCCCGCCACGCCGACCUCUGACCGCGCCUGCCGUCGCUGCAACGGCGUCACGCAGUACCAGGACGAACAGCACCAGUCCUCGUGCAAGACCGUGCGCACGUGCUCUUCCACCCAGUACGAGACCACGGCGCCCAGCCCCUCCAACAACAGGGUGUGCGCCUCUUGCACCACCUCCUGCCCCAGCGGCAAGGUGCUUGUCGGCACCUGCGGUCCCACCACCGACAAGCGGUGCGAGUCGUGCCACCCGUCGUGCGCCACGUGUGACGGAACAACGGAGAACGACUGCCUCUCUUGCGCCGACUCAAGCCUCACCCUUUUGGACGGCCGCUGUGUCAACCCUGACUGCGGCGAAGGCGAAUACCGCGACGGCGCAACCUGCAAGCCGUGCGACUCCUCUUGCGCCGAGUGCGACGGCGCCGGUUCGAACCGCUGCAUCUCGUGCAAGGGCGAUCGCUACCUUGAUGGCAACUCGUGCGUGACCAAGUGUCCGACUGGGUACUUCAAGUUCACCAACAGCGAGCGCGACAACGUCUGCCGCCGCUGCACCAGCUGUGAUGACGGCACGUUUGCCUCGACCCCUUGCGAUGGCAACACCUUCACCGAUACGCAGUGCAGCCCGUGGAGCACGUGCGACGAGGGCGAGGAGGAGGACACUCCACCCAACAGCGUUCGCGACCGCGUGUGCCGCAAAUGCGAGGCGGACAAGGAAUACCAGGACCAGCCUGGCAAGCUCUUCUGCAAGUCUGUCAGCGUGUGCCAGCGCGGCCAGUACGUGUCAACCGAACCCACCCUGACCACCGACCGCCAGUGUUCCGCUUGUGGCACGGGCACCUUCACCAAUUCGGAGAACGCCGCGCGCUGCCUGCCCUGUGCUGCAGGUUCAUUCCAGGACGAGACAAACUCCCCAAGCUGCCAGGAAUGCGGCAUCGGCAUGUACGAGCCCGAGCAGGGCCAGACGCAGUGCGCGGAGAUCCCGCCCGGCUACUACGGCGUCGGCGGCACCAUCUCCACCCGCACGGGCAUUGCCGAGUGCCCGCGUGGCUACUACUGCCUCGGCGGCUCCCACGACAAGCAGGCCUGCCCGCCCAACCAGUACCAGUCCGAGACCGGGCAGAGCCAGUGCGUGGACCUCACCGUGUGCGGCGAUGGCGAGCUUGUCUCCAAGGAGCCCACCAGCAUCAGCGACCGCGAGUGCUCCCCUUGCCCCGACGGCACCUGCGACGCCCCGGAGACGUUCCAGGAUAAGGAGAACCAGCGCACGUGCAGGCCCGUCUCAGACUGCCCCGUCGGCACGGCUGAGCUCGUUGGCCCCACCCCCACCUCCGACCGCAAGUGCCGCGCUUGCCAGGUCGGUACCAACUACGCCGAUGACACGGGCCUGGAGAUUUGCAAGCCCGUCACCAACUGCCGCCCCGGCACGCGCGAGGUGGCCGCCCCAACAGCCAGCUCGGACCGCGUGUGCCAGGCCUGUGGGCCCAACACGUACACGGAGUCAGAGAACGAGAAGACGUGCCGUCCACACACGCUGUGCGGCGCCGGCGAGAAGGAGGUGGAGGAGCCCACCACUUCCAGCAACCGCCGCUGCGUGCCGUGUGACGACGACACCUUCCAGGACUCCAACUCGCACUCUGUCGACUCGUGCACGCGCGUGACCACGUGCGAGCCCGGCGAGUACCUUGCCACGCCCGCCACACGCACGUCCGACGCCGUGUGCAAAUCGUGCAAGCUCGGCGAGACGUUCUCGACCACCGACAACGCUGAGGGCUGCAUGCCCGUGUCCAUGUGCGGCCUUGGCGAGCGCGAGAAGCAGGCCCCAACCACCUCCACGGACCGCGUGUGCGAGGCGUGCCGCGACGGCUACUUCCAGGACAGCGCGUCCCACGCAUACCCGACGUGCAAGGAGUGGACGGACUGCUCGCCUGGCGAGUACAUUCUCGUUGAGGGCAGCACGUUUGCCGACCGCGUGUGCGACGACUGCUCUGGCGUCGUCACGUACCAGCCAAAGGCUAACCAGGACAACUGCCUCAACGUCACCCGCUGCGAGGAGAACACCCAGUACGAGCUGACCCCGCCCGCCGCGAACCGCGAUCGUGUCUGUGCCGACUGCACCGACGCCUCGACCUGUAACACUAACGAGUACCUUGCCGGCACCUGCGGCGGCAACGAAGGCACCGAAAACACCCGCUGCGCCGCCUGCCACCCCACCUGCAACGGCUGCACUGGACCGGCAAUCGAUGAGUGCACGGCCUGCGGACCCAACCUGCAGCUGCGCAACGGCCGCUGCAUCAGCGAGUGCCCCGAUGGCGAGUAUGAGCUCGGCAACGGGUGUGCUGAAUGCCACUCCACGUGUGCCGACUGUGAUGGCCCGGACGCCACCAACUGCCUCCUGUGCGACGGCAACCUCAACCUCUGGGUCGACGAGCAAGGCCAGUCGUGCAUUGCCGAUUGCCCUCCCGGCUACUACGCCAAGGACCACCGCUGCGUGCCAUGCACCUCGUGUGGCAUGGGCACCUGGGCCUCCACCCCAUGCUCCGCGUCCUCCGACGCCGUUUGCUCUCCCUGGACUGAGUGCAAGCCUGGCCAGAAGGAGUCUGUUUCUGGCAACGCCGUGCGCGACCGCGCGUGCGUGAGCUGCACCCUCGGCAUGGAGUACCAGCCGCUGCCGGACCGCGCCUCAUGCUUCCCCACCAGCGUGUGCGAGGAUCCCUUCAUCGAGACCAUCCCGCCCACGCUCACCACGGACCGCCUGUGCUCCUGUGACACGCUCACCUGCAACAAGCUCAUCACGCAGCUAUUUGAGGAGAUGGUGUGCGCCGAGCCCACGGACGAGCAGCUCGACGUCGUGCUUGACGUGUGCUGCUCCGGCCAGGGCGAGGAUGGCAUCCGCGACACCAUUCGCCAGAUGGACGCCUACGAGGCACGCCGUUCCUGCCCGGGUUGCACAGACACGUGCGAGUGCAGCGCUGGCUUCAUCCUUGUCUACGACGCCGAUUCGGCAGACUGUCUGCCUUGCGACGGCGUGACGGAGUUCUCCCCAUCCGUUGGCGGCAGCAAGUGCGAGCCCAUUGAGGAGUGCGAGCGCGGCCAGGAGGAGGUCUCUGCGCCAACCCGUUCGUCGGACCGCGUGUGCCGUGACUGCCCAGCCGGCACCAUCGACUCGGACAGCGACGGCUCCACGGGUUGCCAGAUGUGCCCCGCUGGCCACUACACGGAGGCAGGCUCCCACGGCUCCUGCUCCAGCUUCACCUGCCGCGCAGGCACCCACGACCACGACAGCGACGCCGCCACGCCGUGCCAUCCGUGCGUCUUUGGCAUCACAUACCAGGAUGAGGAGGGCCAGACCACGUGCAAGGACGUCACAGAGUGCGCGCCCGGGUUUGAGGAGGUGCAGGCCAUGACGCUCAUCAGCGACCGUGUCUGCGACGAGUGCCCUGAGGGCACGUACAAGGCUGUCUCUGGCCAGGGCGUGCCCUGCCUCCCCGUCACCACGUGCGACGCCGGCGAGGAGGAGACGGCCAAGCCCACCCCAACGAGCGACCGCGUGUGCAGCCAGUGCGAGCUUGGCGCCACCUUCAAGCCCGUCGACGGCCAGGCCGAGUCGUGCCGCCCCGUGACGCAGUGCGGCCCGGAUGAGGAAGAGAUUCGCGAGCCCACGCGCCAGCACGACCGCCUCUGCCGCAAGUGCGUCCAGGACAUUACCUACCGCCCCGCCGGCUCAGACACGUGCGUGCCCGUGUCGCGUUGCGCGGCCUCAGAGUACAUUUCCACGCACGCCACGCUCACCACGGAUGUGCAGUGCACGGCCGUGGGCAAGUGCGAGUUUGGCACCUUCCAGAGCCAGGCGCCCACGCUCGACUCUGACCGUGAGUGCACGGAGUGCUCCGAGUGCCCCAGCGGCCGCUACGAGAUUCGUGCUUGCUCCGCGCUGGAGGACGUGCAGUGCGCCGGCUGCUCCGCGUGCCCGCCGAACACAUACAUCCUGCGCGCCUGCGACUCGGAGAACGAUGUGUCUUGCCAGCAGUGCAGCACGUGCUCUGAUGAGCAGUACCGCAGCGCGCCAUGCACCUCCACCAGCGACACGGAGUGCACGACGCUCGACGUAUGCGACCAGGAUCAGUUUGAGCUGUUCCCCGCCACGCCAACCACGGACCGCAUCUGCCGCGACCUGACCCAGUGCAACCCGUCGAUGGAGUACGAGCGCACCGCGCCCACGGCGUCGUCGAACCGCCUAUGCCACCUCAUCACCAAGUGCGACCCUGGCGAGCAGCGCAUCCGCGCCCCCACCUCUACCUCUGACGCCAAGUGCGAACCGUGCCCCAUCGGCACCACCGACCACGACCGCAACCCGCUCACUGCCUGCCAGCCGUGCCCUUACGGCCACUAUGUGCCCGCGGGCUCCAUCGGCUCCUGCGAGCAGUUCCUGUGCCCGGCCGGCACCGCCGACCUGGACCGCAACGCCAGCACGCCGUGCACGCCGUGCCAGGCCGGCCUUGACUUUGCCGCCCUCUCUGGCCAGCGCGAUUGCACGCCUGUGACGGAGUGCGACCUCGGCUACGAGGAGGUGGUGCGCCCCACCAUCUUCACCGACCGCCAGUGCCGCCGCUGCAUCGAGGGCCUGUUCUACCGCGACAGCAGCACGGACUUCUGCACGCGCGUGUCGCCCUGCGAGCCUGGCUCGUUUGAGACGGCCGCGCCUACCAUCAGCACGGACCGCGAGUGCCAGAUGGGCCGCACGUGCCCCAACAACACGUUCAUCUCGCGCCCGCUCACACCCACGCAGAACCGCAUCUGCUCGCCGUGGACGCAGUGCCUGUCCAACGAGUACGAGCUCGUUGCGCCGUCGCUGGUCAACGACCGCGAGUGCCAGCGCGUGCGCUCGUGCCAGGACACGGAGUACGAGGUGUCGGCGCCCACGGCCACGACGGACCGCCUCUGCGCCACCAUCAGCACCUGCCCCAUGGAGCAGUUUGAGGUGCUCCCGCCCACCACCACCUCGGACCGCGUGUGCGCGCCCGCGUACUCUGUCUCGCUUAUCUUUGACGCCAAGUUCAACGCCCUUGCCGGCACGCAGUCGCGCCGCGAGGCGUUUGAGGCCGCGCUGGUGCAGUCCAUCAACACGACGCAGGAUGCGUCGCAGAUUCUGCGCAUCGACCUGCGCCAGGGCUCCAUCAUUGCCACCGUCGCCUCCCUCAACGAGGACUUUACGGCUCGCCUCUUCAACCGGUCCGUCUCUGGCGACAUAACCGUCAUGGGCUUCACCGCAUCGCCGUGCGAGGCCGACGAGUUCCUGGACGACUCGGAUCCCAACCCUUUUGCGCCCGUGCUGUGCAGCCUUGUGGAGGAGUGCCGCUCCAACCAGUUUGAGGUGUCGCCGCCCACGUCCACCACGGACCGCGAGUGCCAGACGGCCCGCAUCUGCCGCCUCGGCGAGUACGUUGUGUCUGAGUUUACCGCCACCACGGACCGCGUGUGCGGCACAACGACGACGACCACGACGACGACCACGAGCACCAACGCCACGACCACGCCGCUCGCCUCGACGGGCAGCGCGGCCAGCCUGUCGCCAGGCAUCCUGGCUGUGAUUGCGCUUGUGGCGCUGCUCGUGCUCGUUGUGGCCAUUGUGCUUGUUGUGUGGCGCAACCGCAAGGCGACCAAGGACCGCCGCCAGAACGAGGCCAUCCAGCAGUGGGCGACGAUGAACAAGGCGUCGGACGAGAUUUCGCAGGCCAACACGCUCCUGCGCCAGCUGUCCCUGCGCGACCAGAGCGUGCUGCUGUUUGACAACCCCAUGUUCUCGCAGCCGGGCGGCAACCAGCGGCCCGACUGGUACGUGGGCCAGAUGACGCGCGCCGAGGCCGAGGACUUUGUUCUGAAGAACUCUGGCAACGUCGGUGACUUUGUUGUGCGCGAGAGCGCGGCCAACGGCAACUUUGUGCUUACGCUGCUGAUUGAAGGCAACCAGUUUGAGCACCACAAGCUGUACAAGGACGCGCAGGGCCGCUUCCUGAUCAACGGCAACCGCCCCAAGACGGACUGCAUGACGCUUGACGUGCUCAUUGACCACCUGAGCCGCACCAUGGACGGCACGAGCGCCCUGCUCAACCUCCAGGAAGAGUAUGGCCAGGUGCGCCACGCGCCGCAGGCCGCGGAGCCCGAGGGCGACUUCUACGGCGCCCUGUCCCAGGAGCAGCAGGACUUUUAUGGCAGCGUGGUGAAGAAGGACCGCCCCACGUACAUGCACGGCCCGCUUGCCCGCGGCGAGGCCGAGGCCAUCCUGGCCCAGGACCGCACCAAGGGCAACUUCCUCGUGCGCGAGAGCAAGGCGCGCCCUGGCACGUACGCCAUCAGCCUGGUGAUUGACGACGGCCGCGUGGAGCACCACUCGCUGCGCCACAACGGCUCGGAGUUUGUGCUCAACGACAUUCCGCUGUCCGUGCGCUGCAACACGGUGAGCGAGGUGAUCAACCACCUUGCCACCAACGAGGAGAGCAUGUCGUGCCCGCUCCGUCUGCAGCAGAACAACGAGCCCGUGCCAGAGGUGCCGGGCAUGGAGGGCUUCUCCAACCCCAACUACACGCGUGAAGGCCCGGCCAGCAGCAGCGGCGGCUACGACCCGCUCACUGCGCCGCGUGGCGUCGUCGCCAACCCCGGCUACCAAGAUCUGCCACCCAAGCCGACGCACCUCGUUGGCGGCGCCGCUGAUGCCUCCACCGUUGACGACGACGAGGACGCCCCUCCCGUCAAUGUGCGCACCCUUCCCAAGCCAUUCCACCUCCUCCCACCCGAGAAGCACGAUGCCAGCGCCUGA